CUUGCACUUCUGCAAAAUCAAACGAGUCGGCUUUGUGUUUUUUGUUGCUGCUUUCGGCGAGGGACGGAAAUUACACGUAAAACUAUAGGAAAUAGGUGAUAUUUGCCCCCGAAUACAGAGUGUCUAAAACCCCAAAGUCGCAUAAAAUGGAUCGUCUGCUACGUCUUGGAGGCGCUAUGCCACAGGCCGCCCCGCCCACAGAUGCGCCCGUCGUGGACACCGCCGAACAGGUGUACAUCUCGUCCUUGGCCCUGCUCAAGAUGCUCAAGCACGGACGAGCGGGCGUGCCCAUGGAGGUGAUGGGUCUGAUGUUGGGCGAAUUCGUGGACGAUUAUACGGUGCAGGUCAUCGAUGUGUUCGCCAUGCCCCAAACGGGCACCGGUGUCUCCGUGGAGGCCGUGGAUCCCGUCUUCCAGGCCAAGAUGCUGGACAUGCUGAAGCAGACGGGUCGACCCGAAAUGGUCGUCGGCUGGUACCAUUCGCAUCCUGGUUUCGGCUGCUGGCUGUCUGGCGUCGACAUCAACACGCAGCAGUCCUUCGAGGCUUUGUCGGAACGCGCCGUUGCCGUAGUCGUCGAUCCCAUUCAGUCCGUCAAGGGCAAGGUGGUGAUCGAUGCCUUCCGCCUGAUCAACCCCAACAUGCUGGUCCUGGGGCAGGAGCCGCGGCAGACCACCUCCAAUUUGGGUCACCUGCAGAAGCCAUCCGUGCAGGCCCUGAUCCACGGACUCAAUCGCCACUACUACUCGAUUAGCAUCAACUACCGUAAGAACGAGCUGGAGCAGAAAAUGCUCCUCAAUCUGCACAAAAAGUCGUGGAAGGAUGGCCUCACGUUGUCCGACUACAACGAGCAUUGUUCAAUCAACGAGGACACCGUGGCCGAGAUGCUCGAUCUGGCCAAGAACUACAAUAAGUCUCUGGAGGACGAGGAGAAAAUGACGCCUGAACAGCUGGCGAUCAAGAACGUGGGCAAGCAGGAUCCCAAGCGGCAUUUGGAGGAGAAGGUGGACAAGGUCAUGCAGAACAACAUAGUCCAGUGCCUGGGCGCUAUGCUGGACACCAUAGUUUUUAAGUAAAUUUUUGCAUUUGCUCUCCUCAAACAAUUUCCCCUCAUCCCACAAAAACCGCUAAGCUAAUCGUAUUAAAAGAUAAAAACAGCUUUUGUUUAGAGCAAAGUUUUACACAAA